UAGUUUUGUCUUUUUUGUGUUGCUCGCCACCACCACCGCUUUUCGCAGUCUUUUCUCCCCCUUCACGUCAAGAUUCCCGACGGCAUUCAGCAGACUUGCUUUCGAGCCGAAUGAGGAAAGACGGUUCUCGCGGUGAGAGCGCAAGGUGUACAGUUCGCAUCUCGCAACAGUCAGUGCUUCCGUGUGAUUCGGCCACCCUCGCCGGGGGUGAGGUGACCAUGCUAGUGAGGUGAUCUGCUGCGAGUGGACGGACCGAGCGACACAUUUGAAAUUCGCAUCUCGCGUCAGGCCGAGAUUGAGACUGUGACCACCAGUGCCGACGGACCAGCAUCACCUUUCAAAAUUGGACCCCAACAAAAAGACAUAAAAUCUACCUCCAUGAGAUUCGAGCAGAGUGACGUAGUUUCACCUGAAACUUCGCCGACGACGAUGGCUGCGUACCACCCUUUCCUCUUACAGAGGCCGACAGACUUCAGCGUUAGCUCCCUGCUAACCCAGACGCAGUACUUCCCUUCGGCCGGUACGCACCCUCAUUACCCUGGCUCCCUGCUGCCCAAACUACCUCACCUGGCGGGACACCCAGGAUCGGCCGGCGCCUCCUACGAAGAAGUCUUGGCCGCCCAGCAGGCCGCCGCGGCCGCAGCCGUCGCCGUCGCGACGGCCGGGGGCAGCGCACCCGGCGCCACGGCUCCAGGAGUCGUCCGGCCUCUCAGGGCCAUCCAGCCCGAGGAAGACGGCGUGGUCGACGACCCGAAAGUCACCCUCGAGGGAAAGGACCUGUGGGAAAAGUUCCACAAACUGGGCACCGAGAUGGUUAUCACUAAAUCUGGCCGGCAAAUGUUCCCGCAAAUGAAAUUUCGGGUGUCUGGUUUGGACGCCAAGGCGAAAUACAUUCUGCUGCUGGACAUUGUUGCCGCCGACGACUACAGAUAUAAGUUCCACAACAGUCGUUGGAUGGUGGCCGGGAAAGCCGACCCUGAGAUGCCCAAGAGAAUGUACAUCCACCCCGACUCACCAUCCACAGGCGAACAGUGGAUGCAAAAAGUAGUCUCUUUCCACAAACUCAAACUGACUAAUAACAUCUCGGACAAGCACGGCUUUGUAAGUACUACGAUCCUCAACUCGAUGCACAAAUAUCAGCCAAGAUUCCAUCUGGUCAGGGCGAACGACAUUAUGAAACUGCCCUACUCCACCUUCAGGACGUACGUCUUUAAAGAAACCGAAUUUAUCGCAGUCACUGCCUACCAAAAUGAAAAGAUUACUCAAUUAAAAAUCGACAACAACCCCUUCGCCAAAGGCUUCAGAGACACCGGAGCUGGGAAACGCGAGAAAAAAAGACAAGCGUUAUUAGCGGCCCAAAGGCACCAGGAGGAGGCACAGAGACUGGCGGACCACCGCAAACACAGAUCUUCAGUUGCGGCCGACUCUUGCACGGACCCUGAGGACGAGAGGGUGGACGUGGUUGGCACCACCGAGCCGUCGUCGCUCAUGCACCCGUCGCCGCACCACCCGCACCUAGGCCACCCUCACCUCGGAGCUCACCUCGCCCACCCCCACCUAGGACAUCCCAAUUUUCCUCAACACCCUAGUUGGUUCACCAUGCCAACAAACGACCCAAGCAGUAGUUCCUCAGAGCAAGAGUCUCUUUUGCGGCGGACGCGGUGCGAGGACAUGGACAGUGCCGAGGUUAGCGACAGCAGUUCCGAGUCGGGCAGCACGGCGCUGGCCAAGCCGUCGCCGUCCAAGGACCCCCUGCCGGGCACCUCGUCCUCGGACUACCCUAGUCCCAACAUAUCGGUUGGGCCGCCGAUUCACCCGUCUCCGCACCUGCUGCCCUACCUCUACCCGCACGGCCUCUACCCCGGGCAUCACAUGCACCAGCUGUUGGGCCAGCACCCACCGCCGUUGUCCCUGUUCACCGGGGCGGGCGCGCCCCCUGGCAUCCACCCGCAGCUGCUGUUCAACGCGCAGCUCGCCCUGGCGGCGCACCACCCGCUCUUCGGCCACGCCUACCCAGGGCUGGGCUCGGCCUUGUCGGCGGCUACCUCGCCGACGUCGGGGGGCGCCGGCCCCCUGCUCUCUGAGCGGCUGAAAGCGGCGCACCGCUUCGCGCCCUACGGCCCUGCCACCAGCACCCCCAGUGCCACGACGCCCAGCUCGUCCCUGCUGGGCACCUCCCCUCUCGGCUCAGCCUUCGAGACGGUCACCCCUGGCUCCCACCACAGUCCCCGCCACUCGCCGCGGCCCACGUCGACGGACUCGUCCAAGCCAGCCAUCGUCACCCCCACCCCGAUCGCGACCAAGGUCGUGGCGGGCUCACCGCCCGGCAGUCCGACGCCGUCGUCGGCGGCGGCGGCGGCGGACGCCAAGCAGCUCAACAACAACAGCAAGUCGCCGCCGCCGAUCAGCAGCGACCUCAAGAGCAUCGAGAAGAUGGUGAACGGACUCGAGAACAAGGGUGACGUGGCCGACAAGGCCGACAAGUGAACAAAUUGCACAAACCACACCACUUCGUUGGGACUGAUUGCCUUGUGUAAAGUGUAAAUAUUAUGCAAAAUAAAAACUGAACAAACAAUCUUUGCAGAAUUUGUUGAACAAUGUCUCGUGCUAAUUCUUUGUAUGUUCCUCAUUGCUGUAGACAAACAAAUGCUACUUCAAACUAGGAUUAUCAUCUCGGAUGAAACGUAAAUUGCUUUUGUCGCAAUCGAUUUUACCAUGAAUGUUCGAGGGAAUGUUUCAAAUGGCGCGCGCUGUCUCACAACCUCUUGCGUAGUUGAAGGAGAAGAUUUAAUUAAGAAAACAACAAGUGAUAAUUUAUAAAUUAAAUUAUAUAUUACAAUAAAUUUCCAACUCGUCCCGAAAUUUAUAUGUUGUUGUCAAACACAGACUCGUGUGUACAUUGUUUUUGAGUUGCUGUAAUAAUUUUUGUGUUGAGUAUAUAUAUCAACCACCACUUACUGCUGCUUCAUAUUGUUUUUGUUUUGUGAAAGUUUGCAAUACCAAAGAUUACCGUGUAACAUAAAACUAUAUAACUUUUAUUUUAUUACGCCAUAUUGGGUUACAGAGUUUAAAGAAACAAUCAGUGUAAAUUAAUACAACAUUGACAUAUCCCCCCGAAAUUCUGUAUUUUCACAAGACGACCAUCAAAGACGACGAACUAAUUAAGAGAAUUAAGAAAUUGUACCAUCAGCAAGCUUAGAAAACACGGCACAGACACACACACACCCAACACAAAUUUGCGGCGAAAACAUCAUUUUGCGUUGCGUUGUUUAUCACAUCACUCACUCACUCACACACACACUCUCUCUCUCUAUUACCUUAAUUAGCAUGAUUGGAGCGACUAAUUAUAACGACGAAAGACUCAUUCAAAGUCUGUCAAUACGGCGAAAUAAAUAAAUUGAUGUGCAAUCUCUCUUCUUGAUUUUCAUGAUCUGAUGUCUUAAUAAGCAAUAAGUAACGCAUUAUUCGGUCGUGAAAACGGAUUUUAUCAAAUAAAUGAGAAUGAACUAUACCCACAAUAUUAUUACUAGCAAUUAGAGAGCAGUGAGGAUGCUGGCGAGUUAAUGUUUGUUUUGUACAUGUUCAUGGUUUAUUACUCUCUUAUGAACCCAUUAUACAUACACAAAAUGCUAUAUACUUAUAGAAAAUAAAGAGCAUUAUACUGAAAAAUAAAA